UCCUCAAACGGUCAGUUCUUACCUAAGUUUUUUGCCCUCGCGGCCGCACCCCAACGUCUUCCCACGCUCCCUUGCUUUUAAGAGCCGCCGCAGCUAAUACUUUUUGCGACGAUCAUCGUUGAUAAUGGCUGCUGAUUCGCCACCACCAGCACCAGUUUCUUCUAGUAAACCGUCGAAGAGGAAAAGCUCCAAGAAGCGAAAGCGUGGCUUAGGAGACGCUGAAGUAGACCCGUUCGACAAGCUCCCGUGGAAUUCUUCUCUCCCCACCGACGAAGAUGGUGCUUUCUCUCUCGUCAUUGGUUCCAACGAACUUGAAGGAGGUUUCCUUUCGCUUGAGGAGAUAAGUGAGGCUGAUUAUGGAUUGGAAAUUCCUAAACCCCUGAAGGAAAAGCCAGAAAAAGCAAAGAAAUUGAAGACGCAGAAACCCAGGGAUUCAGAAGAAAACAUUUUUGUUAAAGAUGAAGUAGAAGUGGACGUGGAUGCAGUAGGUGAGAAAAAAACGAAGAAGAAGAAGAAGAAGAAAAAGAAAAAGAAGAGUAAGAAGGCAAAGGAAACUCAAACCCAAAAAGUUGAGGAAUUGCUGUCUGGUAGCAGUGGAAGGGAACAAGUUGAGGAAGGGUUGGUAAAUGAAGAUGAGUUUUAUGCGUGGAACGAGUUGAGGCUUCAUCCUCUCCUUAUGAAAUCAAUAUACAGACUUGGGUUUAAGGAGCCAACUCCAAUUCAGACAACUUGUAUUCCUGCUGCAGCUCAUCAAGGGAAGGAUGUUGUGGGUGCUGCGGAAACAGGGUCUGGGAAGACACUUGCUUUUGGUUUACCCAUUUUGCAGCGUCUCUUAGAAGAACGAGAAAAAGCUGUCAAAAUGUUUGAAACAAAGGGGGAGAAGGAGGAGGCAGAAAGGUUUGCUCCAAAAGGCUUUUUACGAGCUCUUGUUAUCACUCCUACAAGGGAGCUUGCAGUUCAGGUUACUGAUCAUCUUAAGGCAGCAGCCAAUGGUCUCAAUGUUAGAGUUGUUUCUAUUGUUGGUGGGAUGUCAACGGAGAAGCAGGAAAGACUGCUACGAGAGAGUCCUGAGAUUAUUGUUGGAACUCCAGGGAGGUUAUGGGAGCUUAUGUCAGGAGGAGAAAAGCAUCUUGUUGAGCUUCAUUCAUUGUCUUUCUUUGUGCUGGAUGAAGCUGAUCGGAUGAUUGAAAAUGGACAUUUUCAUGAGUUGCAGUCAAUUAUUGACUUGCUUCCUGGGACUAAUAGCUCUUUUGAAGGACAGCCUCAAAAUUCUCAAAACUGCCAGACAGUUUCUAGCACACAAAGAAAGAAAAGACAAACAUUUGUUUUUUCUGCUACAAUAGCACUAUCGACCGACUUUCGGAAGAAGCUAAAACGUGGUUUCCUGAAAUCGAAGCAAUCAACGACUGAUGGCCUGAAUUCCAUAGAGACUCUCUCUGAACGUGUUGGGAUGAGAGCUAAUGCUGCCAUCAUAGAUUUGACUAAUGCAUCAAUACUGGCUGAUAAGCUUGAGGAAUCUUUUAUUGAAUGUAGAGAAGAAGACAAAGAUGCCUAUUUGUAUUAUAUAUUGAGUGUUCAUGGACAAGGCCGCACCAUUGUAUUUUGUACAUCAAUUGCUGCUCUACGCCAUAUUUCCUCCAUCUUGCGCACUCUUGGUAUCAAUGUUUGGACACUUCAUGCUCAGAUGCAGCAGCAAGCUCGUUUAAAGGCAAUUGAUCGCUUCCGUGCAAAUGAACAUGGUACACUCGUGGCUACUGAUGUUGCUGCAAGAGGUCUUGAUAUUCCUGGUGUUCGAACUGUUAUUCACUAUCAACUUCCACAUUCAGCGGAAGUUUAUAUCCAUAGAAGUGGAAGAACUGCUAGAGCUUCUGCUGAUGGAUGCAGCAUUGCUCUAAUUGCAUCAAAUGAGACAUCAAAAUUUGCCUCUUUGUGCAAAUCAUUUUCAAAGGAAAGUUUACGGCGUUUUCCUUUGGAGGAGUCAUACAUGCCGGAGGUUAUGAAACGACUAUCGCUUGCACGUCAAAUAGACAAAAUCACGCGAAAGAACUCCCAGGAGAAAGCAAAGAAAAGCUGGUUAGAAAGAAACGCUGAAUCAGUGGGGUUGAUUGUGGAGAACUAUGAUAGUGAGGAGGAAAGAGUGAACAGUUUAAAGCAGAAAAAAGCCAGCUCCGUGCAACUAAAGAACUUGCAACAGGAGCUCAACACGCAACUUUCCCGUCCUUUGCAGCCAAAGACAUUCUCACAUCGCUAUUUGGCUGGGGCUGGUGUUUCGCCGCUCCUUCAGCGACAAAUUGAAGAAUUAGCUAGACCGAAACAUAAUGACAUGGAUACAGGAGAAAAGAAAAGAAGGAAAAUGGUGGUAAUUGGUCAGGAUUGUGUUGAGCCACUCCAGGCACUUCAGAAUGCUGGUUCGGAGCUGCGCUUUGAUCUGAAAGAGACGGCAGAAAAACGAAGGAAUGUGGAGCAUUUGAGAAGAAAAAGGAAAGAUGAGAAAACACGAUUGCGUGACCAGAAGAGGAACCGGAAAAAAUUAAAAGGAAGCAGUGAGUAGAACAUAUAUUUAAAGCUCUUGUAGUUCAUUUAUUUUCCUAGAAAAAUCUUCAUGAGUCUGGUUGAGGCGUUUAGAGUUCCAUGUGCUUCAAGUUGAAGCAAUUUUUCAAUUUGUUAUAUCUAUGAAGGGAUGUCUAAAAAUAAUAAUCUGAAUUGAUUUCUUUUGCUGCAUGUUAUGGUGUGGCCACCAUGAUUUUGUUACUGCUGCAAUUGGUAGCAUCAUUGACUCAUUGUAGUCUUAAAUAUUGUACUAAAAUCAUUUUAUGGGCCGGUGUAGGAUGUUGGCUUCGUUUGGCAGACAA